CCAGAGAGGCGGUACGGCUAUGGCGGUCUGUAUGGUGGCUAUAGGGGCAUUUAUGGCUCUGGGGACUGCUACGGCUAUGGUGGUCUGUAUGGUGGCUAUAGGGGCUUCUAUGGCUCUGGGGACUGCUAUGGCUACCCAAGCUUUUACUCCGGCCGCUAUGGCUACCCCUUCAGUUCACGAUAUGGCCAAAGGUUCGGCUAUGGGAGCUGCUACCCCUGCUAA